AUGGAUCUCUUUUCUCUCACGGGCCGUACCGCACUUGUUACGGGUGGGACUCGAGGCCGAGACACUAACAAUCUAGCCACAAAAGGAAAGAUUGAAACCCUAGGUCGCAAGGCAAUCAUAUACACAGCCGACUUAUCUUCUCGAGUGUCCAUCUCGCCACUGGUAUCAACGGUUUUGAGUGAUGGACACGAUAUGGAUAUUCUUCUGAACUGCGCGGGGAUUCAACGGCGCCACCCUGUCCAUCUUUUUCCCGAUGGUGACUGGGAUGAGGUUCUCCAAGUCAAUCUCUCCACCGUCUUCGCCCUUUGCCGGGAUAUUGGCGCCUACAUGCUCACGCGUACCCCGGAUGCUUUCGGCCGCCGUGGAAAUAUCAUCAACAUCGCAUCUCUAAUGUCAUUCCAGGGUGGAUUGAACGUGCUGGCUUAUGCCGCCGCGAAGGGAGGAGUGGCACAAUUAACCAAGGCAUUAUCAAAUGAAUGGGCCAGCAAAGGGAUCAACGUCAAUGCCAUUGCCCCCGGUUACGUGGCUACGGACAUGACGGCAGCGUUGAAGGGAGACCAAGAGCGAUCGGUGAGUAUCCUGGAGAGGAUCCCUGCGGGACGAUGGGCGACACCGGAGGAUCUCAAGGGGGCGACAAUAUUUUUGGCGAGUCGGGCGGGUGCGUAUGUCUGUGGUGAGGUUUUAACCGUGGAUGGCGGGUGGAUGGCGAGGUAA